ACAUGUAUCACGUGUUGUCAUUUGUGUUGGAUUUUUGUUUUGAAGACGCACGCGAUUUUUGGAUUCCAAUUUCUCAAAUUUUCUGUGCGUCCUAACCGCAGCAGUUGAGCAGUUUCUGAUCUGUGACAUCAACUAAAUUGGAAAUUUCUUUUAAAUGGCAAGUGUUGGUGAUGUUUCCCUGGAGGAUAUCGUGGGAAAGGUGCAGCAAACUUCGACAGCAAACAAGCCUACUGUAAAAUUACAAAAAACAGUGAAACCAGAGAGUUUGAUUCCCAGGGGCAAGCCAAAGUCUGGAAAAUUCUGGAAAGACGUGAAGAAGAGAGCUUCGUCUUUAAUUACGACGAGAGGUUUAAAAAUUGCUAAUUCCUUCGAGAAGAAAGAAAAGCUGAGAGCAGAGUUGAAACACUCUAAAGAACUUAGCAGAAGUAGAUUGGAUGAAAGGAAGAAACAAAUCGAGGCCAAGAAGGAGAGGCGGAGGGAAAAUCUCAAGAGACAGGAGGAAAAUAGGAAAAAAUCGGAGAUUGUCCAAGUGAUCCGCAACCCAGCCAAGAUCAAGAGGAUGAGGAAGAAGCAGCUUCGUAUGAUUGAGAAGCGAGAUACAACUAACAUGUAGGAAAAAGGUUACAUAAAUAAAAACACAAAAAUUCCAGGCGAGUAUGUUUUAUUGAA